AAAGUGGUAUCUUAGCUAAUCAUUGACCCCUCCCAAGUACAAACCUCUAACAACUCCAGCUUAUUAGCCAGUAAUUACUAUUGAUUGUACCAAAGGUCCAAAUCCAUAUGGCAGCCGAGCAGGAUGGCGGCGAGAAGACACCGAUGACGGCGCCCUGCCGGUGCCGGGGGUUCCGCUGGCUCUACGUGGCUCGACUGGCGGUCGCCUCCGCGGUCAGCAUCAUCGCCGUGGCGGUGAUCAUCCGGGCCGUGGUGGUGCUGCUCCGCCCGGAGAAGCUGCAGCUGAGGCUCGCCGAGGGCCGCGUCGCCGUCGACUACAUCUCGUCUCUCCCUCCUCCCGGUAACACCGUCACGUUCCGGUUCCUGCUCCGGGCAAGCAACCCCAGCGGCCGCGCCUCCGUGGUCUACACCAACGUCACCAUCCGGCUCACCGACGUCAGCGUGCCACGUGCCAUCGCCGGGUUCGACCUUGGGAAGACCAUGGUCGUCUCGCAGCGGACCACGCGGGAGGCGACGGUGAAGGUGGGCCUGACGCCGGCGGAGGACCUGCCGAUGGCGUACGUCAGGUCGCUGUUCGAGGGGCGGAGCGUCGGCGGGGUGGAGAUGGAGGUGAGCGGCGUGCUGGCGACCCGCGUGGCCGUGGCCAGGGGCGGCGGCGUGGCGUCGACGACCAGCGCCGCCGCCUCGUACUACCGCUGGCCGGUCACCAUCGCCGUCGUCGAUGACGGCGAGGCCGAGGCAGCCCUCCUGCAGGCGUCGGACUACAGCGCCCACGACACGGCGUGCCUCGACAAGUCGGAGGCGCCAGCCAUUGCGUGAUUAUUCACUUUAAUCUGUCACGUAACUUGCCGAUAAGAUGAAUCAAUCAUGAAGCUACCGAGCCGUAGUCGAUCCUGUGUUCCUCCUCAGUGCAAGAUGUUCCGCCUUAAUUGGUUCUAAGUUAAUUGUAUUCGUAUUAAAGUUCGACCAAUUUAUAAAAAUUAUGACCAUGCAUGAUGCAUGAUGUGUUA